GCUGCUCUGUGGGUUUUUGUCUUUAUCCUGCGGACAGCAAGCAGGGGGAAGGGCUGUGCUGGGUAACAACAACGUGAGUGAGAGAGGGGCUGAUCUGAGCUGGAGUCACCGGCGGCAGCCGCCUAGGGAGCCCUGAUUGACGCAAACCUGCCAGCAGCCGCGCACUGAACACAAGGCAGAUCCACAGCCGCCGCACAAGAAGCCACCGACUUGCUCCAGAACAACACAAAGGCGGCGACGGCGGCGCGGAGCCAGCGCUCUCUGCAAGGAGAGCAGUAGCAGCGCCCCGGCCACACACCAGCAGGGCUGCAGACAGCACGCGCCUCGGGGAAUAUGAGCCCGCUGGUUCCCCUGGGCACGUCCCGGGCUCCGGGCUUGGCCACUCUGCCUCUUCUCCCAGCUGCCUAGCUCCGGGCUUGCCACCAAGAGGAGCUGCUGUUGCUGAUGGAUGCCGGGAGGUGCCGCAGUGCCUAGGUUUUUCUUUGCCCUGCGAGCUGCCUUUCCAGCCCUUUCUUCUUGCUGCUAAGUACUGUGCGUUUUGCAAAGCGAUUGAAUUCAGCUGUCCGGGAGAAGGAGGAAGAUGGGCUGGAGACCAGUCCUUCCAAGGCGGAGUGCAGUGUGUGGGAAGACCUGGCUGAGAUAAAAAAAAAAAAAAAUAGAGGGGGGUGGGGAAAAUACAACAACCAGCACCAGAUCCUGCUGGUACCAUCUGAGACCACUGUGAAUGUAGGUGGGGAGAAGGAAAAAACCCACCCCAAGCCACAGGCAGGUUUGUCUUCUGGAGACCUUGUCUGUGCUCAAGAGGAUCGUUAAAUAUAUACCAGCAAAGGAACGACAUGUAGCGUUUUCCUUUCCUUUUCAAUCAAAGAAAUAUGCCUCUUAACCGUGGCAAACAUUGGUCUUAAAUAAAUGGUCCUUCUUUUGGAAAGCAACCUCUACCGGGAACUCUCAGUUUGAGGAACCACAUUGAUUUAUUUAUUUAUUAUUCUUUCUCUAGUGACUGCAGCAUCAGGGGUGAGAUCACUGUUUGCAUGGGGGAGGGAUACAAACCUCCUCCCAAAUCCAAAGGUGGUUCCUUCGUCCUGCUUUUGGACUCGCUCUCGGUGAUCAUGUGGCUCUUAAAAAACCACUACAACGGCAGCUUUUCAUUACCCUGAUAAAAUGCCUACUUAACCAAGGGGGCAAACUUGGAUCUUCUAGGGGAAAGAACCCUCCCCCCCCGGAAACUUUGCUGGGGAUCCACUUUAUUCAUUAUUAUUACUAGCUGUUGCUGGGCUUCUUUCCAUAGUGACUUGCAGCAAUAGGGUGUUCGUUUGUGGCGUGUUGUUGUUAUACUGGCUUUUCUCUCUACAGUGACUGCAGCAUCAGGCUAUUGGGGUUCUGGGGGAAAGGUUAUUUGGGGGGUAGAAGAGGGGUAUUGUAAGGGACAGGAGCAGCAGGGUGCUGGGAAUAGGGGAUAUAUUUUACAAGGAAGAGGAGCAGCAGGUCGUGGGGAGAUUUGGGGAGGGGGUACAUGCUCUAAGGGUGAGGAACAACUGCAUCAGGCUUUUGGGGUUGUGUGGGGGGUGCAUCCUAUAAGGGAGAGGAGCACAGUUAGCAGCGACAGAGGAGGGAGCAGCAUUAUGACUCAUUUGCAGGCAGGUCUGUCCCCGGAGACGCUGGAGAAAGCCCGGCUGGAGCUGAAUGAGAACCCGGAUACCCUGCACCAGGACAUCCAGGAGGUGCGGGACAUGGUGAUCACUCGCCCAGACAUUGGCUUCCUCCGCACAGAUGAUGCCUUCAUUCUGCGUUUCUUAAGAGCCAGGAAAUUUCAGCACUUCGAGGCAUUUCGUCUGCUGGCCCAGUACUUUGAGUACCGGCAGCAGAACCUGGACAUGUUCAAGAGCUUCAAGGCCACUGACCCCGGCAUCAAGCAGGCGCUGAAGGACGGCUUCCCUGGCGGGCUGGCCAACCUCGACCACUAUGGAAGGAAAAUCUUGGUCCUGUUCGCUGCCAACUGGGACCAGAGCAGGUACACACUGGUGGAUAUUUUGCGUGCCAUACUUCUUUCUUUAGAAGCCAUGAUUGAAGAUCCUGAACUUCAAGUGAAUGGAUUUGUUUUGAUUAUAGACUGGAGCAACUUCACCUUCAAGCAGGCCUCCAAACUCACACCAAGCAUGCUGAGAUUAGCCAUAGAGGGCCUUCAGGUAAG